AUGGCUGCGUUAGGAAGGCUCGCUUGCGGGCUUGCUAUAUUCUGUUUGCUGUCUGGCCUGCUUGCCGAAGCGGCCGUGCACGAGUAUAAUGGCGGGAAGUUCUUCCAAGCGUCCGAUGCUUUCCUCUUCCGAGGCGGACGCGAAGGUCUCUUCGCUUCCACGCCCGAAGCAGUUCGCCGUUGGGUGGACAUCCCAAGAGGAGUGGCAAACGGAAAAGCGUACAUCCGGUUCGACAACCUUAAGUUCCAUCGGCCGCUUUCCGAGGCUCAGGUGGCACCGAUCGCCGGGCAGACGGGGAGAAUUGAGGCUCUGUUGUUCGAGGUGAAGGACCGCGACCGCAUCGGCUAUGCUUCGGCUUCCAACAUCCGCGCGUUCUGCUGCUCCCCCGAGCUCGUUCAACGGACCGGAUGCAACCCUGGACACAUCAUCGUGCGGCCGAGAGACGGCGAUAACCAGUGGCCGCGCGUGGUGGAGAUCAACUUCAUCGGAAACGACACGGCAGUGGCAGUAGCGCCGUCGGAGAUUCACAUCACGGCGCCGGGCAUGUACUACCUGUGGUUCGUCAUCUGUGACAAGAGCCUCGCUGGCGUGGCCGUCACGGGAACCACUGUGUGGAAGAACCCGGGCGGGUACCUGCCGGGCAUGAUGAUGCCUUACCUCAACUUCUACGCGCUCAUGUCCAUGGCGUACCUGGUGCUGGGCGUGGUGUGGUUCAUGCAGUACGCGCGCUUCUGGCGCGACAUCCUGCAGCUGCAGAACUGCAUCACGGCCGUCAUCGCGCUCUCCAUGCUCGAGAUGGCCACCUGGUACUUCGACUACGUCAACUUCAACGCUGGCGGAUUCCGCCCCUAUGGAACGACGAUCUGGGCCGCCACGCUCGGCGCGCUGCGCAAGGCCGUGUCGCGCGUGCUGGUGCUGAUCGUGGCGAUGGGGUAUGGCGUGGUGCGGCCGACGCUGGGAGGGCUGUCAGGGAAGGUGAUGGCUUUGGGCGCGGGGUACUUCUGUGCAGUGGAGCUGUUGGACGUGAUGCAGAACGUGGGGGCCAUCGACGAUCUCAACAGCAGCGAGCGGCUCUUCCUCGUGCUGCCCGUGGCUGUGCUGGACGCCAUCUUCAUCCUCUGGAUCUUCUCCUCGCUCUCCAAGACGCUCUCGCUGCUGCAGACGAAGCGCUCGGGCUCAAAGCUGGAGCUGUACCGCAAGUUUACCAACGGCAUGGCUCUGGCCGUGCUGGUCUCUGUAGCGUGGAUCGCAUACGAGAUGUAUGUGCGUCUGUCAGACCCGUACAAUGAGAGGUGGGAGGCAGACUGGAUCACGGGGUGCUUCUGGCACGUGCUGCAGUACGUGCUGCUCUGCGCCAUCUGCGUGCUCUGGGCACCCUCCCUCAACUCCACCAGAUACGCAUACUCGGAGGACGUUCCAGAGGAUGAUGAUGACGUGGCACUGACAUCAGCAGCUGUGGCUUCAGCGAAAGCUGAGGCAGGCUCUGCAGCAGAGAAGAAGCCAAUAAACACGGAUGUGUUCUCGCUAGAAGACGAGGUUGAGGAGGGGAAACUCGAACAAUGCUCGUCCGUUCACGGGUUAUCCCGAAACUCGUUUGGGAUCCAGCGAGCUUGCAGUUUCCAGACUUUAGCAAACCUUUCCGCAUCCGCGUUAUUGUCAUCAAGUGGCGAUGGUGCUACCACUGCAGUUACCGCUGCGGAUCCCGCUACUGUGCCAGCAGACACUGAUGAUGAAUCCGCUGCAGUAGCAGAUCAAGUAUCGGAGGACGACCUGACGCCAGCCAAGGUGGUGGAGCUGUUGGAUCGGCACAUCGUGGGGCAGGCACAGGCCAAGCGGGCUGUUGCCAUCGCCCUGCGCAACAGGUGGCGCAGGAAGCGAAUCAGCGGGCCGAUGAGGGACGAGGUGGUGCCAAAAAACAUUCUCAUGGUCGGCCCUACUGGCUGUGGCAAGACUGAAAUCGCCCGGCGCCUUGCAAAGCUCAUCCAUGCCCCCUUUGUCAAGGUGGAGGCCACCAAGUUCACGGAGGUGGGCUUUCAUGGGCGCGACGUGGAUCAGAUCGUCCGAGACCUGCUUGAGAACGCCAUUCAGCUGCAGAGGCAGAAGGCUCGGGCCAAGGCGGCGAAGGAGGUGGAGGAGGUGGUGGAGAACAAGAUUCUGGACCAUCUGCUGGGCGCGCUACAGCCAGGCGCGUCGCCCCCACCCAAGAGGGAGACCUUUCGGCUGCUGUACAGGGAGGGGGUGUUGGACGACAGGCGAGUGCACAUGGAGCUGCCUGACGUCGCUCCCUCUAGUGGUCUCGGCGGGUUCGCCAUCGACAUGUCUGGUGCAGCAGGACUCAACGUGCAAGACUUCGUGCAGCGGAUGGAGCGAGUGGUGAAGGGCGCAAGGAGGGAGAAGAAGGACCUGACAGUGGCGGAGGCGAGGGCAGCUCUGACUGAUGCAGAGAUGGAGAAGCGGCUGUCGUCUGAGUCGCUCGUGAAGGACGCCAUUCAGGCAACGGAGUCAGAGGGCAUUGUGUUCAUAGACGAGAUAGACAAGAUUGUGCAUUCCAGCGACACACGGCACGGCGCUGAUGCCAGCGCUGAGGGCGUGCAGCGUGACCUGCUGCCCAUCAUUGAGGGCAGUGUGGUAUCCACCAAGCACGGCAAUGUGAGCACGGACCACAUUCUCUUCAUCGCCAGUGGCGCUUUCACCGCGUGCCGCCCGUCCGACAUGCUGGCAGAGCUGCAGGGUCGUUUGCCCAUACGAGUGGAACUCAAGGGGCUCACUAGAGAGGAUCUGUACCGCAUUCUGACGGAGCCCGAGGCGAACAUGAUUCGGCAGCAGCAGCUGCUGAUGGCCACAGAGGGCGUUGAGCUCGUCUUUACCGAGUCUGCCAUUCGGGAGGCUGCCGCCAUGGCUGCUGAGAUCAACCACACAUUGGACAACAUUGGUGCACGAAGGUUGCAUACGGUGUUGGAGCGAGUGGUGGAGGAUAUUAGCUUCCAUGCACCGGAGAGGAAGGGGGAGACAUGUGUGGUGGAUCAAGAGGAUGUUCGCCGGCCGCUGGGUGAUUUGCUACAGAAGGUUGAUGUCUCCAAGUUCAUUCUGUAA